CCCCAACUCAAUAAUCGCCGAAACAUCUUAGGUGAUCGUGAUCGUUAGUGUGUCAACAAAUAAAGCGAAAAUGGGAAAUAUUUUCCACGUUAUCAAAGGUCCCAGGCUUUUUAGAAUAUUCCACUCAAAUGCUGAAGCAGGCCGAAAUUAUGAACCGAAGUUACUGGAAUCUGGGGCAGACAAGGUGAUCGGGACAAUCAGAUUUUGCUGGUCCCUGUCCUACUGGACCUCUCCUCUCUUGCUGGGCAUCCUAUACAGAAGAGGUCAUUUCACCUCUGAAGGGAUUGUCAAUAUUGGAAGGUUCAUGAUGUAUGUUGGGGUCAUAUAUACCACUGCAGUCCUUGUCAGAGGUGUAGGUAGAUGCAUGAACCCUGACUAUAUGGCCUUCAUUACAGUCCUGGCUAAUGCCCAGAAUGUCUUCAAUCCACAAAAUAGGAGACUUCUGUCCAGAUAUGACUUUGAUUUCUGGGCGAGUCCUGUGCUUUACAAGUGGCCGGACUUUAAUGUUGGGCGUACCCCAGGGUUUCACAGUUCCACAGAUGCAGGUCCACCAAGAUCAAUUGCUACCUUACCAUUAGACAUCCUCAGCUAUAUGUGUGCAAACACAUUUGGACGGAGAAUGAUGUACCCGGGGGCAACUGCACUUAUAAAUAGUCUUGUUGAGGGGCCAUUGUGUCAAGGGAGAGCAAAGCUGGUUGAAGAGCGUGGGGGAGAGCGGGCAAAACUGGGAACAGAGGAUGAGAACCAAAUAGACACCAUGUUUGUGGACAAGCGAGGAGCAGGAACAGAAGUUGGACGCACACUGGUUGUGUGUUCCGAAGGCAAUGCCGGGUUUUACGAGAUUGGGGCAAUGGAGACCCCUCUAAAGAUGGGCUACUCUGUACUAGGAUGGAACCACCCUGGUUUUGCAGGAAGCACAGGUAUACCAUUUCCACCCCAAGAGCGUCAUGCUAUAGACGCUGUGAUGCAGUACGCUAUACAGAAGCUGGGAUUCACACCCGACAACAUUGUAGUGUACGCCUGGUCUAUAGGGGGGUACACAGCGACAUGGGCCGCUAUGACCUACCCAGACGUCAAAUAUAUGAUUCUCGAUGCUACGUUUGAUGAGAUGAUGCCACUAGCCAAAGCUAAGAUGCCAGAAUUUGCACAAAGUCUCGUUAAACGCACCGUGGACAGAUAUCUCAACCUUAAUAUUGCAGAACAGCUUGUGCAAUAUCCUGGACCAAUACUGCUCAUCAGAAGAAGCCGAGAUGAAAUGAUUACUACCAGAGAUCCAACCGCCAUAGACACAAACCGAGGGAAUUUUCUAUUAAUGAGACUGCUGAAAAGCAGGUACCCCAAGAUAGUAGACGCAACAACUCAACCAGCUCUGCUCACUUGGCUGUCACAGACUGGCAGUGAACAAGCUGAGUUAUACUCCGUGGUAUUCAAUGUAGACACCCAGCUGUGUGAAACCAUGAUCCGCUCGUACAUGGAAGAAAACCAAGGAGCCACAUUCCCUUUGAACUUCGGGGAAGGCUUUACUGAACAGCAAAAAAUUAGCAUGGCUAUCUUUCUGGCAAAGAAGCACCUUGAAGACUAUGACUCUACUCACUGUACGCCACUACCUGAGGCUUUCUUCCACAAGCCAUGGUCACCAUCCUGAGUUGUAUGAAGUGUGACAUUAGGACAUCUUUUCUAAUUAUUUUUAUCAUUAUUUGAGAAUUAUGGGGCUGUUUUAUCAUCGAGAGUACAACUUAAUAUCUUAAGAUCACAAAUUUUAGUGUUAAAGAUGACAUAAAAAUCAUUAAAUGCAUGGAAAUAAGCUGUGUUUUACUUAACCUAUAAAAUAAUUUGUUGUGAAAUUAAUAAAAAAUAUGAUUUCUUGGAUUUAUCUGUUCAAAAAUGUGAUUUUAAGAUAUGAUCGGUGAUAAGAGGGUCUUUAUGAGAGUGAGUGACAUUAGUUAGAGUAUGUAAGGUUUAGAGUUAUUAUGCCCCCCUUCGAAGAAGAGGGGUAUAUUGCUUUGCACAGGCAUGUCGGUCGGUCGGUCUGUCGGUAGACCAAAGCUUGUCCGAGUGAUAACUCAACAAUUCCUAGACGUAUGGUCAUCAAACUUGACAUGAAGGUUGGGCCUGACCAGUAGAUGACCCCUAUUGAUUUUAGGGCUCAUCGGGUCAAAGGUCAAGGUCACAGUGACCUAUAAUGGUAAAAUAAUUUUAAAGCUUGUCCGAGUGAUAACUCAACAAUGCCUAGACCUAUGGUCAUCAAACUUGAUAUGGAAGAUGGGCCUGACCAUUAGAUGACCCCUAUUGUUUUGGGGGGUCAUCAGGCCAAAGAUCAAGGUCACAGUGACCUUGAAUGGUAAAAGGAUAUCCAAGUGAUAACUCGACAAUGCCUGCACCCAUGGCCCUCAUUCUUGACUUGGAGGUUGGGCCUGACCAGUAGCUGACCCCUAUUGUUUUUUGGGCUCAUCAGGUCAAAGGUCAAGGUCAAAGUGACCUUGAAUGGUAAAAGGUUGUCCGAGUGAUAAUUCGACAAUGCCUGCACCCAUGGCCCUCAUAAUUGAAUUGGAGGUUGGGCCUGACCAGUAGAAGGCCCCUAUUGUUUUUAGGGGUCAUCGGGCCAAAGGUCAAGGUCACAGUCACCUUGAAUGGUUAAAGGUUUUCCGUGUGAUAACUUGACAAUGCCUGCACCCAUGGCCUUCAAACUUGACUUGGAAUUGGGCCUGACCAGUACAUGACCCCUGUUGUUUUUGGGGGUCAUCUGGCCAAAGGUCAAGGUCACAGUCACCUUGAAUGGUAAAAGGUUGUCCGAGUGAUAACUCAACAAUGCCUGCACCCAUGGCCCUCAAACUUGACUUGGAGAAUUGGCCUGACUAGGAGAUGACCCCUAUGGUUGUUGGGGGUCAUUGGGCUAAAGGUCAAGGUUACAGUGACCUGGAAUGGUAAAAGGUUAUCUGAGUGAUAACUCGACAAUGCCUGCACCCAUGGCCCACAAACUUGACUUAGGAGGUUGGGCCUGACCAGUAGAUGACCCCUAUUGAUUUUAGGGGUCAAAGGUCAAGGUCACAUUGACCUUGAAAGCGAACUUGACAAUUCCUGGACCUGACAUGAAGGUUGGGCCUGCCCAGUAGAUGACCCCUAUCAACUUUGGGGGUCAUCAGGCCAAGGUCAAUGUCACAGUAACCUUUAACGCAAAAAAGAUAACAAAUCUUCUCCCACUGAUAUCUCAACAAUGCCUGAACCUAUGAUCAUUAAACUUGACAUAGAUGUUAAGCCUGACCAGUAGAUCACCCUUAUUGAUUUUAGGAUUCAUAGAGUCAAAGGUCAAGGUCACAGUGAUCUUGAAUGGUAAAAGGUUGUCCGAGUGAUAACUCAACAAUGCCUGAACCCACGGCCUUCAAACUUGACUUGGAGUUGCAUCUGACUUGUUGGUGACCCCUUAUGAUUUAAGGGGUCAUUGGGUCAAAGGUCAAGGUCACAGUGACCUUGAACGAAAAAAAACUUGUCUGUGUGAUAACUUGACAAUGCCUGCACCCAUGGCCCUCGAACUUGACAUUUAGGUUUCUGGUGACCAGCUGAUGACUCUGGAUUUUGAGUUCAUAGGGUAAAAGGUCAUGGUCAUAACACACUCUAUCCUCACACUUUAAUGGUCAUAAUCUUAAAACUGCCUUAACGGCAACAAAUCAGCUGUCAGCUUUCGGUCCAUGCAUAUUUCAUUCAAAUGUCCAUAUAAUCCUGACAACA